CACACCAGAUGCCCAGGAACCCAGUUCCUGUGCUCCCGCAUGCCGGCAGGCAAUGGGCGGGACGUUCCCUCGCCCGGCCAUUUGGGAAUACGUACCGACUGGAAGUACCGCUGGUGCCGAAAGAGAUCUGUCUAUCAUUGUGCUCUGCGCGAUCGAACGCUGGUCCGAUUGAUCUCUUUUAGUGUCAUCGGAUGCAAGGGCCUACUCUCGAGCCAAAGUUAGUUGUGCCGUCAAUACUGGCCGGCUGCGGACGCCACAAAUGUCGUAUGUGGAACAUGGCAUUUAUCACUCGUGAUGCCCGUCUACUUCUGUCUGUAACAAUACGGCCGUUGCGUUUCACAACCCUCAUUGAACCGCUCUGAGAGAAUGCCAACAACUAGAUUCGCUCCUGUUCUCGCCUUUCUUCAUACGAUAACUAAACAUGGGAGCCAUUAUUCCCAGCUCUGAGAGGUAUCCCAUGGCCUCAGACCCCGUACUGACGAUGGGCGCCUCUGCCCAGCACGCCUUUACUACGGAGUCCUAUCCGAACGAUCCGUAUGCCUAUCAAGUUGGAUUUGGGAACAGAUUCUCUUCUGAAGCCAUCCCCGGGACUCUGCCUCGAUCAUGUAAUGUACCGCAGAAAGUGAAGUACAACCUCUAUUCCGAGCAGCUCAACGGUUCGACCUUCGUUGCCUCUCGAACCGACAUUCAAAAUGCUUGGUUUUACCGCGUAUUCCCAUCUGUAGCCCACGGAGAUAUCACAAAGAUGCCACGAAACCCAGAUAUCGAGUCAAGAUUCACAUCUGGGAAUGAGAAUGUUGAGUUUGUUCCCGGAGGACUCUGCUGGAGAGCAUUCCCCGUGCCGAAGGCAGGCGAUCCGACCAUCGACUUCGUCCAGGGGCUCAAGACGAUAGUUGGAAACGGCGAAUCAACAACCAAAGACGGCUUGGCUGUACACGUGUACGCCGCAAACUCUUCGAUGAAGAAACGCGCAUUCUGCAGCAAUGACGGCGACAUGCUGUUCGUGCCUCAGACUGGCAGGCUGGACAUCCAGACAGAAUUCGGGAGAAUGAUGGUACGGCCUGGCGAGCUGGCGGUGAUCCAGAGUGGCAUCCGCUUCAAGGUCGGGUUGCCGGAUGGUCCGGCCCGGGGUUACAUCCAAGAGAUAUUCGGGAGCCGGUACGAGCUGCCAGAACUAGGACCGCUCGGAAGCAACGGGAUGGCUUUGCCUCGCGAUUUCGAGUUCCCCGUCGCCUCCUUUGACAUGGAUACGUCAGAGUGGGAGAUCGUGUAUAAACUGGCUGGCAAGCUGUGGUCCUGCAAACAGAAUCACACGCCCUUUGACGUGGUUGCAUGGGAUGGCAACUACGUGCCUUUCAAGUAUGCCGCCGAAAAGUUCGUCAACGCCGCCUUUGCGGACAAGGACCAAGCCGACCCUAGUUUGUACACCGUCUUGACGGCGAAGUCCAAGAUGCCCGGGGUACCCGCAACGGAUGUCAUGUUCUUCACGCCAAAGUGGUCUUCGGCGACGAAUACCUUUCGACCUCCCUAUUACCAUAGAAACAUGUCGACGGAGGUGGUGGGAAUCGUAUACGGCGAUUACAAGGGCACCAGUCGCAACUUGGAAGCUGGUGGCCUGAGUUUUCAAUCGAGCUUCAUGCCUCACGGAGAAACACAUGAGGCGUUUGUGCAGGCGACCACCAACGAACUGAAGGCCCAACGCGUGGGAGAAGGAUACCUCGGUUUCAUGUUCCAGAUCAGUACUCACUGCGCAGUGACACAAUACGCCUUGGAAAGAACCGGAUUGCUGGAAGUACCGCCGGCAUCUCUCUGGGACUCGAUGCAAGGUCACUUUCUCGAGCACGCCGAAGAAGUGAAUAGCGACUUGCGAAGACGAGGACUGCCGACCCUCGGGGCUACCCUGGGCCAUUGA